AUGUUACGAAGUUUUGUGUUUAACACCAAUAUUUGUAAAAUAAUAGUAAUAUUUUCAACACUUUUAUUAAUACUUUCCAACAAUAAAAACACAGCAUUUGCAGAAGAAGACACAUCAGCUGAUGAUCAUAGUUAUAGACCAAAGGUAACCAAGUUAGAAUCUGAUGCUGGCUUUGGCACAGGUAUCCAAUUUUUUGAUCACUCGAGUUUUGAUGACUCGAAUAAUUUAGUCAAAAUCCACCAAAAUCGUUUAUAUCUAUCUAAAGAUAAUGGAUACACUUGGAAUCUGAUUAAGGACAUUGAUUAUGAUAAAUUUACACCAGUUUACAUAACUACAGAUUUAUCGCACAAAGACAGAGCCUUUUUAUCUGUGGAUCCAUUGUCCCAGGACGAAAAAGAAAACGCAAACCCAAAUAAGGGUGUAUCAUUAUAUUAUACUGAAAAUAAGGGUGAAAAAUGGGAGAGAAUAUAUAUUGAAGAUGUACAAAGUGCUUUUUUCAGUUCGUCACACCCUACUAAUAUGGAUUAUUUAAUUUUUUGGGCUGUGACUUGUGAGACUGUUGUUGAUGAACAACAAAAUGCUCGUUAUCCCGAUUGUUCGUCUUCACAUAUUGCUACUGAGGAUAGGGGUAAAACUUGGAACGUUAUUGGAAAUGUAUUAGACGAAAUGGAAAAACAAAGCGCUGACGACACCAAUAACCAGUUAGAAAAAUAUAAUGUGUAUGACUAUUGUGAAUUCGCUAGAUCAGGUAGUGCUGAUUCCCAAAUUAUGGACCCAUUUGAUAUUGUUUGUUUAAGAUCGUACUACCCAUCAGCUUCCACUCACCACGAUGCAGAUGAAGAUACUGAUUAUAUUCCACGGAAAAAUUCUAAAUUAUAUUUCUCUAAAACCUGGGGAAAAUCUUUUGAAUUGUUGAAUCCAUUUCAGGAUUUGGCAGUAACUGAAUUCUUUUUGAAUGGUAAAUACAUGAUUGUCUUUACAGCAAGAGAUGCCUAUAACCGUUUUUCUAAGGGAAAUGUCUAUAUUUCUCUUGAUGGUAUUAAUUUUAAAGAAGCACAAUUUCCUACCGAUAUAAAUAGUGCCUUUUCCUAUGUUUAUGACGUGAUUGGCAGCACCAUCAUUAUUAGUUCAAGCAUUAUCAAGGAUAAGAAUAACAAUAGGAUCAAAGAUGAUGAUAAUGUUAGUUUUGACGAUGUGCUAUUUUUCAACGAAGAACAGAUUUUUCUUUCGGAUUCUACCGGCUUGAAAUUUGAAAAGCUAGAAAAUUUGGCAGGAUAUAUUUCAAGUGACAACAAAGAUUCCGUAGUCGAGCCAGACUUUCUCUACAUGUUUUCUGCUUUCCAAGGUCUAGAAGGUACUUUUUUCAGUACAGCUUCCAGAAUAGAACACGACAAGUUCCCACAAGUUUAUUCCAAGAUAACACUAGAUUACGGUCGUAGUUGGAGAAAUUUACGUGUUAAUAAGACAGAUAACGAUCCCAAUGAAUAUGUGUGUGAUGUUAACGAUUAUGAACAUUGCUCUUUGAAUUCUGGGUUUAUAUUUUCUGUGGACGGCUCGUACGAGAUGAAUUUAGGAAGAACACCUGGUUUACUUGCUCUAACAGGUUCAGUGUCACCGUCAAUUGAUAGUUCUCAGGGCAAUAAUAUAAAUUAUGAGGAUUUAGAUGUGCACACCUUUGUAAGUACUGAUGGUGGAUUAACAUGGAAAUUUGCUUUGGGUGUUUCGUCUAUUGUUGCAUAUGGGGAUUUGGGUAAUAUUAUGGUUGCAGUUCCAUACAGUCCAAACGAGGACGGUGAUCCUAAUAGUGAAUUUUAUUACUCUUUAGAUCAUGGUAAUACCUGGACUGAGUAUCAGCUUGACGAAGAGUUUUUUGCUAUUUCCUUAAACGCUGUUGUUUUGGAUGGUUCAGGGUACCAUUUUAUUUUGGAUGGGUUCUAUCACGGCAACAAUCCAAAUGAUCCACCCAGUAAUUUCAAAUAUUUAAUUGAUUUUUCAAGGGCCUUUGGCGGUAAAACUUGCUUUUAUGAACGGGACACGGAAGACUGGGUCCAAGCCAAUGGUGAGUGUAUCAAUGGGGUCAGAAAUACCUUUAGAAGAAGAAAACCAAAUAGUCCUUGUCUAGUUAGGAGAAUUUUUGAAGGUGUUCAUCAUGAAUCACAGAUUUGUGAUUGUACUGCAAAAGAUUAUGAAUGUGCAAAGAAUUUUAGAAUUAGUGCAGAUGGUACGACCUGCGAGCCGGACUAUUCUAUGUUGUUGUCUGAUGGCGUCUGUUCCAAUUCCAAGAACGGCGAAUUAGAGCUAGAAUCUAAGCAGCUUAUUACGGACACUCAAUGUAAAAAACCCAAAAACAAAUUCAAAGAGAAAACUAAAGUUGUAUGCAAUGAUCUCAAUGGUGACACUGACAAUGAUGCUGAAGUUUCCAUUGUCGAAAAGUCCUUUGACGAAGAGUUUUUGAUCUAUGAAUAUUUUGGUUCCGUGAAAGACGAUUCGUUGUUGAUUCAAACUAGGUCUAACAAGGUGUUUGUGUCACUGGAUGGUGGUAUUUCCUUCAAACAGGUUGAAACCGGUGGUGAAGGGAUCGUCGAAGUAGUUUUUAACAAAUAUAAUGACUCAUGCGCUUAUCUCUUUGGGGAGGCCAGUUCUAUUUUUAUUACUGAAAAUAGAGGUCAUAGUUUUUUCAAAUCUUCUAUUCCUAAAGAUUCUAGAGAGAUCUUAUAUCCGUUAGAUUUUAGUUACAGUAACUCCCAAGAAUUUAUUUAUUAUGGCGGGAAAAACUGUAGGUCGUUCUUCGAUCCUAAUUGCCAUACUAUUGCGUAUAUUACAAAAGAUGGCGGGAGAACAUUUGAACAGUUGCUUGAAUAUGCGGGGCAUUGUGAUUUUGUUGGGUCUUUCUACCACCACCCCGUGGACGAAAACAUGAUUAUUUGUGAAGUGAAGGAAAAUGGGAUGUUUAGUAAAUCCAUUUAUUCAUCCACCGACUAUUUUCAAAAAAACAAAGUAAAACUUUUUGAUAAUUGUUUGGGUUUCAUCACCAACACUGAUUACACUAUUUUCGCCAUUUUAAAAGAGGAUAAUGCCUUGUCUGCCUUUGUGACGGUUGAUGGCAAAGAAAUUGCAGAGGCAAAGUUUCCUAAAAAUAAUUUACAGCUAGAUAAACAAGAAGCCUUUACUGUAUUGGGCUCAAGCUUAGGUUCCUUAUUUAUUCAUUUAACAACACAUGUCAAUGCCAAAGAAGAGUUUGGUGCAUUGUUGAAGUCCAAUUCCAAUGGUACUAGUUUUGUAACUUUAGAAAGAGCUGUUAACAGAAAUGAAGAUGGGUUUGUUGACUUUGAAUACAUCAAUGGAUUAGAAGGCAUCAUCAUUACUAAUGUGGUUUCUAACGCAGACAGUAUCAAGAAAAAGACACCGAACGGGGACAGUGUCGCCAAAAUUUUAAGAUCCAAAAUCACUUUUAACGAUGGUGGGGAUUGGCGUUACAUUCAACCACCAAAGAAGGACUCCAACAACAAAGCGUAUGAUAAAUGUUCCGGGAAAAACUUGGAAAAAUGUUCUUUAAAUUUGCAUGGGUUUACUGAAAGGAAGGAUAUCAGAGAUACAUUUUCUUCUGGAUCUGCAAUUGGAAUGCUAUUGGGUGUUGGAAAUGUAGGAGAUAGCUUGCUGCCAAUGGAAGAAUGCUCUACGUUUAUGACUGUUGAUGGUGGUGUGACUUGGAAAGAAGUUAAAAAGGGUCCAUACCAAUGGGAGUUUGGCGAUAGGGGUAGUGUUAUUGUUUUAGUAAAGGAUGGUUCAAAGACUUCUAGUAUCACUUAUUCGGUUGAUUCGGGUAAAACCUGGAAAGACUACAUUUUUAGCGAGGAAGAAAUUUUGAUUACUGAUAUUGUUACUCAUCCAAAAGACUGCUCCAUGAAGUUCAUAUUAAUCGGAGAAAAAGUGCUUGCCAAUGGCAAACAAACAAUAACAUAUACUAUUGACUUUAGUAGAGCCUUUUCAAGACAAUGUAAAUAUGACACCACGAAUCCUGACACGGAUGACUAUGAAUACUUUUCGAUUACACAUCCUGACGCCAAAACAUGCUUAUUUGGACACGAAGCUGAAUAUUUGAGGAAAAAUAAGGAUGAUUGUUAUGUUGGUAUGGCACCAAUUGAGGAUAAUUUUAGAAUCGUAAAGAAUUGUUCGUGUACAAGAGACGAUUUUGAAUGUGACUAUAAUUUCUAUAGGGCUAGCGAUGGUACUUGCAAGUUAGUAGAGGGUCUAUCUCCUGCCGAUCCUCAAGAAGUUUGUAUGGAUAACCCAGAUAUGAUUGAAUUCUUCAAAUCGACCGGUUAUAGGAAGAUUCCAUUGUCUACCUGUGUAGGCGGAAAAGAAUUGGAUAAGAGUACCACUGUAAGUCCAUGCCCAGGCAAAGAAAAAGAAUUCAAAGCAAAACACAGUAUGGGCAUGUUUGAAAGGUUAUUUUUGAUUGUUUUACCGUUAUUUGUUUUAAUAUUUGCCACGUGGUUUGUUUAUGAUCGCGGUAUUAAGCGGAAUGGCGGGUUUUCUCGUUUCGGGGAAAUUAGAUUGGGCGAUGACGAUGAUUUAGUGGAAGAAAAUAGAACGGAUGUGGUCGUUAACAACAUUUUAAGAUGUGGGAUCUUUGCGUUUAAUAUUGGUGCAAACGUUUUCCAGUUGAUAAAGAAAAGUUUAGGCGGUGGUUUCAGUCGUUUUGUAGAACUUAUGAGGGGUGGCAACAGAUCUAGAGGCCCAAGCUAUACUUCAUUGACAACUGAUCAAUUUUUGGAUGAGGCUGAUGAUUUAUUAUCUGGACAUGAUGAUGAUGCUAACGAUUUGAGUAGUUUUAACAGUAAUGAUGUUAACUUUGAUAUAGACGACCAUCAUGGUGGUUCCGAGAAUAGUAGUGUUGCCGCUUCAACAGAAGAACCAAAUUUCACUGCCUAUACUGAUAAUGUUGAGAAUGAUGGUGGAGAUGCUGCCACUGAUAGUAACCUUUGA